CAGACCCUCCCCCUCCGCGCCCCUUCCCCCUGCUGCCCCCCUCCAGGCCCCGCGUCUCAGUCGCCCCCUCCCGCGGCUCCGCAACCUUCGCCGCCUGCCUCCCUCCUCUCCUGCGCUGGCCUGUGUCCCCUACCCCCGGAGGAGGGAUGGUUGAUUUGGAGAGCGAAGUCCCCCCUCUGCCUCCCAGGUACAGGUUUCGGGAUUUGCUGCUAGGGGACCAAGGAUGGCAGAAUGACGACAGGGUACAAGUUGAAUUCUUUAUGAAUGAAAACACAUUUAAAGAGAGACUAAAGUUAUUUUUUAUUAAAAACCAGAGAUCAAGUCUCAGAAUACGCCUGUUCAAUUUUUCUCUCAAAUUAUUAAGCUGCUUAUUAUACAUAAUCCGAGUGCUAUUAGAAAACCCUUCACAAGGAAAUGAAUGGUCUCGUAUCUUUUGGGUGAACCGGAGUCCGCCUUUGUGGGGCCUGCAGGUUUUAGUGGCCUUGAUAAGUCUGUUUGAAACGAUCCUACUUGGUUAUCUCAGUUAUAAGGGGAACAUCUGGGAACAGAUUUUACGGGUACCUUUCAUCUUGGAAAUAGUUAACGCGGUUCCCUUCGUUAUCUCGAUAUUUUGGCCUUCCUUAAGGAAUCUCUUUGUCCCAGUCUUUCUAAACUGCUGGCUUGCCAAACACGCCUUGGAAAAUAUGAUUAAUGAUCUACAUAGAGCCAUUCAGCGCACAGGGUCUGCAAUGUUUAAUCAAGUUUUGAUUUUAAUAUCUACAUUACUAUGCCUUAUCUUCACCUGCAUCUGCGGGAUCCAGCACCUGGAGCGAAUAGGCAAGAAGCUGAACCUCUUCGACUCCCUGUAUUUCUGCAUCGUGACCUUUUCCACGGUGGGCUUUGGGGACGUCACUCCCGAGACAUGGCCCUCCAAGCUCUUCGUGGUGGCUAUGAUCUGUGUCGCCCUCGUGGUCCUGCCCAUUCAGUUUGAACAGCUGGCCUAUCUGUGGAUGGAGAGGCAAAAGUCGGGUGGGAAUUACAGUCGACACAGAGCCCAAACGGAGAAGCACGUGGUUCUGUGUGUCAGCUCGCUGAAGAUCGACUUACUCAUGGACUUUCUGAACGAAUUCUAUGCUCAUCCAAGACUGCAGGACUACUACGUGGUGAUCCUGUGUCCCACGGAGAUGGACGUGCAGGCGCGAAGGGUGCUGCAGAUCCCCAUGUGGUCCCAGAGGGUCAUCUACCUGCAGGGCUCAGCGCUGAAAGAUCAGGACCUGCUGAGAGCCAAGAUGGAUGACGCCGAGGCCUGUUUCAUCCUGAGCAGCCGCUGCGAGGUGGACCGGACGUCCUCCGACCACCAAACAAUUUUGAGGGCGUGGGCCGUCAAAGAUUUUGCUCCCAACUGUCCUUUGUACGUCCAGAUAUUGAAGCCUGAAAAUAAAUUUCAUAUCAAAUUUGCUGAUCACGUGGUUUGUGAAGAAGAGUUUAAGUACGCCAUGUUGGCUUUGAACUGUAUAUGCCCAGCCACAUCUACGCUUAUCACACUACUGGUCCAUACCUCUAGAGGGCAGGAAGGCCAGCAGUCCCCGGAGCAGUGGCAGAAGACGUACGGCAGAUGCUCUGGCAACGAAGUGUACCACAUCACCUUGGAGGACAGUGCGUUCUUUGCGGAAUACGAAGGAAAGAGUUUUACAUAUGCUUCUUUCCACGCACACAAAAAGUUUGGUGUCUGCUUGAUUGGUGUUAGGAGGGAGGAUAAUAAAAACAUUUUACUGAAUCCAGGUCCUCGAUACAUUAUGAAUGCCACAGACAUUUGUUUUUACAUCAAUAUAACCAAAGAAGAGAAUUCGGCAUUUAAGCAGCAAGACCAGCAGAAAAGAAGCAAGGCCUCUCGGUCGCUCUACCACGGACCCUCGCGGCUGCCUGUGCACAGCAUCAUUGCCAGCAUGGGUACCGUGGCUAUAGACUUGCAGGACACAAGCUGCCGGUCGGCCAGCGGCCCUACCCUGGCCCUCCCCGCAGAAGGGGUCAAGGAGGUCAGAAGGCCCAGCAUUGCGCCUGUUCUGGAGGUGGCAGACACGUCGUCCAUCCAAACCUGUGAUCUUCUCAGCGACCAGUCAGAAGACGAAACUGCGCCAGAUGAAAAAAUGUCCUCAAACUUAGAGUAUGCUAAAGGCUACCCGCCCUACUCUCCCUACAUAGGGAGUUCGCCCACGUUCUGCCAUCUCCUUCAUGAAAAAGUGCCAUUUUGCUGCUUGAGACUAGACAAGAGUUGUCAGCAUAACUACUAUGAAGAUGCAAAAGCCUAUGGAUUCAAAAAUAAACUAAUUAUAGUUGCAGCUGAAACGGCUGGAAACGGAUUGUAUAAUUUUAUUGUUCCUCUCAGGGCGUAUUAUAGACCAAAGAAAGAACUCAACCCCAUCGUUCUGCUAUUGGAUAACCCGCCAGAAAUACACUUUCUGGACGCAAUCUGUUGGUUCCCAAUGGUUUACUACAUGGUGGGCUCUAUCGACAACCUGGACGACCUGCUGCGGUGCGGGGUGACGUUCGCGGCGAACAUGGUGGUGGUGGACAAGGAGAGCACCAUGAGCGCCGAGGAGGACUACAUGGCCGACGCCAAGACCAUCGUGAACGUGCAGACGCUGUUCAGGUUGUUUUCCAGCCUCAGCAUUAUCACCGAGCUCACGCACCCCGCCAACAUGCGGUUCAUGCAGUUCCGAGCCAAAGACUGCUACUCCCUCGCCCUCUCCAAACUGGAAAAGAAAGAACGAGAGCGCGGUUCUAACUUGGCUUUCAUGUUCCGACUGCCUUUCGCCGCCGGGAGGGUGUUCAGCAUCAGCAUGCUGGACACACUCCUCUACCAGUCAUUUGUGAAAGAUUAUAUGAUUUCUAUCACCAGACUUCUGCUGGGAUUGGACACUAUCCCAGGAUCGGGGUUCCUUUGUUCUAUAAAAAUCACGGAGGACGACCUGUGGAUCAGGACGUACGCCCGGCUCUACCAGAAGCUGUGCUCGUCCAGCGGAGACGUGCCCAUCGGCAUCUACAGGACCGAGUCGCAGAAGCUGACCACGUCUGAGUCUCAAAUAUCAAUCAGUGUGGAGGAAUGGGAGGACACCAAGGACUGCAAGGAGCAAGGCCUUCCCCGAGGCAACCACCGCAACUCCACCUGCAGCGACCAGGCGGACCACCCCCUGCUGAGGAGAAAGAGCAUGCAGUGGGCCCGAAGACUGAGCCGCAAAGGUCCAAAACACUCUGGUAAAACAGCUGAGAAAAUAACCCAGCAGCGACUGAACCUCUACAGGAGGUCAGAGAGACAAGAGCUUGCUGAACUUGUGAAAAGUAGAAUGAGACACUUGGGUCUUUCUACAGUGGGCUAUGAUGAAAUGAAUGACCACCAGAGCACCCUGUCCUACAUCCUCAUUAACCCGUCCCCGGACACCAGGCUGGAGCUGAACGACGUGGUGUACCUGAUCCGGCCAGACCCGCUGUCCUACCUUCCCAACAGCGAGCCCAGCCGCGACAGCAGCCUCUGCCGCCCCGCCGCUCAGGACUCGCGCGAGGAGACGCAGCUUUGAUGCUGCGAGCCUCCCGGACUCAUUUUUUUUCCUACCAGGAUCUUGCUUGAAAAAACUCUAUUUCUUAGGGAAAAAAAAAAACGUGUCACUGGCAUGAAAUACACUAGAUCGGAAUCUAGUCAAAUCUCUCAUAUUUUUUAAAAAAUCUAUUCUCUUAGAAGUAUAGAUUAUUUUGAAAUUUAAUGUACUGCUUAUUGGUAUUCCUAUGAAUGUUUGAAAGACAUCAGUGGAAUGAACUUUGAAGCCUAAAUUAAAACACACAAUUUUAAACUGGAUAGUUCAUUGUUUGACAAUAAUUCAAACUGUAUGAGGGCAGUUUUAAAAUAUCUUAAGGUUUUAUGAAAGUAAAGCAAAAAUCCAGCUAUAUUUGGUGCGUCACAUUGGACAUAGAAGAUCGUUGCCCCUCUUAAAAAUUAAAUGUGUUACAUUGUAUUCUUUAAACUUGCUGUUUUAUAAUACCAAGCUCAUCACAAACGUCUCAUCUUCUCUACGCAGAGGUUAAUGAACAAACAUGUUGACUCACAUUUUUGUAAGAAUCCUAGUUUGCUUUAGCGCAUAAAUCUGUAAGUCAUCUUAACCUGUUUUGGUUGCCUAUUCAUUCGACACCACAUUUAUUUUAGAAUCUGAGAUGCUCCAAGCAUGUUUUGUUCAAUGGGAGAAACCAAAACAAAUAGAAAGAAAUACUGAGAACCUGACCUUUUUGCUAACUGAAUGCCUGGCCCUCGCUGUCUGCCAAGGAGAAUAUAAUAAAAAGCCAAUACGGAAUGUUCUCUUAAAAGAAUGCCUAACAUCGGGAAAAUACUUAAAACAUGUUUGUUGACUUAAAUUUAAUCCAAGAAUUACAUCAUUAGCUGAAAUAUGCAGUGAUUUUCACUGGACUACCGAGCUUCAGCAUUUCCCACCUGUCUACACAGAGUGUUUCAUUUGAGAGUUAACUUCAAAUUCGAAGAAGCAAAAUUAUACUUCUAAUGGAAUACGAAGACAUUUGACACAUUACAAGUCCUCUUUUCUGCCUUUAGUAUUGAAAUAACCAUAACAAAAAUGGUAUGUUAAAAUCUCGAUUCAAUGUUGAAAAAUUAUAGGAACUCUGUUUUUACAUUGUGAGAAAUAAGCAAAUAAUAAAUAAGCAUAGGGAGUUUUGCCAUUGGAAUUGAAUAUGAAUCAUGCAGAAUUUGACAGCUAUACAUUAAAUAUCAACCGACCUUUAGUGACACCAGUGCUUUUGUCUGUAUUUCUGUGCCCCUUUCAGACAGAGAAAAUCACAGGAGUUGCCAGUUAGUUGGAAUGUGUUAAGGCAGAGAGACAUCAGUAAAUUUAAAAAGCUAUUUUUUAUAAUUAAAAUAAGAAGUAAAGUUUUGUAAUUUACUUCUAAUGUUUCUAUUUCCUUUACUUCUGAAUUUGACAUUGAGUUCGAGUGCAACAGAAAAUAAGACAUUUAAGACUAGGAAGAGACAGUUUAUGUUUAUUCUUCAUAAAUAAGCACAUACAUUGAAUGGAAAAUAGAAGCCUUAAGGAGAAGAACAUAGAGGAAGAAACCCUGAUAGUCCCCACACAACUUUAUGGAAAUAAAAAUGUAGAACAUAAAAUGUGAAACUAUAGAUUAUAGCCAUUGCGUAUUUAGACUUAGCGAUUGAAACGCCUAUUUGUUGUGUAUGUGUGUGCGUGUGUUUUUUUUGUUUGUUUUUUGUUUUAGUACUUUGCCCUGCUCUCCUUUUGGAAUGACAAAACCCCCGAGAAUUUCCUCCACAACAGGGAGAGCCUACCUGUCACUGUCUUUCAUCAGACAGGGAAGUCCAGCUUAGCAACAAGUCACCGAAAGCUGGGAGCAUGCCUGGAAGCAAAGACGGGGCGUGUAGGUCUGUGUCCGUCACAGACACACGGGGAAGAUAUUGGACAAAUAACACACACUGACAGGGAACUCACUCGCACUCCGGGCAGAAUAAAAGUAAGGUACGCAGUGGAGAAUCACAAUGAGUGUUCUGGUCUCGGUUCAUAUUUGCACAUCAAUAGUCAAGUACGACGUUUCUUCGAGCUGCCGUUCCUUCGCUUCCUUACAGUUAUUUUUAGGAAUAAAUAUAAGAAUUUAUGAAUCUUCUGUUUCCUCAGAAGAUCUCGAGUCCAGUAUUUUUGCAUUAUGACGGUUGGCAAGACUAGGGUUUUAAGUUACGAUACGACUAUAUUUCCUAUAAAACUAAAAGUUAUGUUUCAUAAAUUUUACAAUAGUUAUUUUUGAUCAUGAACAGCAGUCCAAAUGCACUACUUGACACAAUGCGUAUAGCUUGCCAUAAUAAUGAUAGUUUAUUCGUCUUUCUGUUAUUUAAAGAAUAAAAAUAUGCUUAUAAAAGCCUUUAAACAAAUCGUUGCCUUUUUAAAAAACACACUUGUACAUGAAAACAUAAAGACAAUACAGUCAAUAAUAGUCCUUGUAACCCUAGGGGAAUUGGUUCUGUUUAUUGUCUGUGUAACAUUUUGCUACCAGUUAUAUUGAAUUGCUUUAAAAUAAAUAAUAAAACUAUUUCUGAUGAUGAAAA